CCGCAUUUGUAUAUAUCAAAGGUUUUGCCGUGGCUUACAAGGAAGGAUCGAGGAGGAGGAGAUCGAUCAGUUACAGAAGAGAAUAACAGAAGAAGGGAUAAAAAAAUAGAGUACAAUUCAAACUACUUUCCUAUCCCUAUACAACUUACUCUAACAUGUGCCUUAUCACGGGCAACUUAGAAUUCAUGGAACGGCCAUGUUUCUAAUAGAAUAACCCUUCCAAACAUUUUUGCAGGUAAUUUUCAGGGCUACAACUUGGAUCGGUACGGGUCCUCACUGCACCGCAUGAACAUUCAGAAUUAUAUGAACUUUGGGUGCAACCGAUGGAAGACGGUCGGACAUGAUUCGUUCAACCGGUUUUGGUUGGUGUGUCAGUAAUAGGAUAUGCAUUUGGGUCAUGUAUUUCUAUAUUAUGGGCCGGUUGUGGUCAUAUAUUUUACUUCUUUCGUUGCAAUGGGUGGAUGCUAAACUUCUAAUAAAAUGAUUAUGUGCAUCACAAUGGUGUAGAGGUCGGGGGUCAAUCUCCAUUUUCAACAAAAAGUGAGAACAUUUCUUUAAAUCACGGUAACAAUGCUAGUUAUGUAUUUUACCCUGUUAUAUAAAUUUCCUUUUCAUCUAGAAGAGUUAUCUAGUGAUUAGUGGUGGAUUCUUUUGCGGAUAACACUUGGUGAAGGCAAUCUACUGCAUAGGUAGAUGCGUAGAAGAAUGAAAGUUAUUCGGGGCGAUGGUUUCAAUAGUUGGUGAGCUUAUCUAGGAUUCGGGAGAUGCAGCAAGUACUUCUUGCCUGAUGUUACCUGAAGCAUCAAGCGUAUGUCCAUUAACUCGAGAAAAAGCUCACACGGAGGGAUGAUGAUAAUAAGCUACUCAUGACAAAAGGAUCUGGUUCUGUUCACACAUGGCAAAGGCACGAAGAAUGAUGCCUCAUUGCACCUAACUGCACCGCGAAAGCAAAACCCUAUUUAGUGCAGGAUAUUCUCAAGAUGUUUUUCUUUUCUUGUAAACGCUAUGCAGAAAGAGCAGGAACACUGCAAUUCUAUAUUUAGAAGAAAGAGAAUAGCCCCAUUUAUCAUGAAAAAAAACGAAAACUAGUGGAGAUUAUCUCAUUCUGCGCUGCACUAGACUUGCUUGAUUUUCCUUGAUGUAAUUUCACUAGACUUGAUGUAGAUUGACGAAAAAAGCAGUACAUGUAGGCUCUAGGCUGGGCACCAUUAACAGGAAAACGUUCCCUUGCACUACUCAACAAUGUGCUGAAUUGGACAGUACUGAAUCUACAAAUCAUCUGAAAGGGGCUUUGCAAUCGUAGGAAAGUAGAGUUUCAGUUGUCCUCAACUUGCCUUAUCGAAUUGUUCCUAAUAAUUUGACUUUCUUAGUCCUUUCCCGAUUUAAUUUCACCUCGUGGCUUGAACUGUGUAUAUAAUUGGACAUAGGUGAUCAUGGAGUCCAUAGACAUAGAGCCAGCUCUUCCUCCUCUGCCAUCCAUGGCUUCUGGCUUUGUUCCUGACAUCUGGCUGUGGAUCAGAAGCCUCCCCGGGCAUUGGAGGGCAGACGAAUCCCACUCUCUCCAGAUAUGCAAUUCUCCAUCCACAAACCAAUCCCUCAACCUCGUAGUCACCAGACAAUCUGAAGAAACCCAUCCCUUCAGUUUGUCUUUCUCCAUCUGUGACAAGUCCCGUGAUCAUGAUCCAGUCUCGCUCUGGAGCUCCCAUUAUUCCAAGCUGAAACCUGCGAAUACCACAGACGUUGCGGCCCAGUUCUUGCUCGAGAUCGUCUGCGGGGUGCUCAGAUACGGGCCUUACUCUAGCAGCAGGGCCAUCUUCAGGCUACCGGCCGUGCAUGUGUCUGAAGGUUCGGGCAAGAUCCUCAGCCUGUCCGUCCUGGCCCUGGCGUUCCUGGUCUGCAUCUACGAGGCUCCGUCCACGCCCCGGCGGGAGUUCAUCGGCGCGAUCACCGCGCGGCUGACCCGCGACGAGAUGCGCCACGCGGCGAGGGAGCUUAUGCUGGCCCUCGGGUCCGACCUGGAGGAGCAGUGGAUGCGCUCACUGAAUCUGGGCGUCACUAACUGGGCCAUGGAGGCUCUCCGGUCAGGCGCCGGCGCGUCGUCCCCGCUGCGUUUCGCGGCGUUCUCCUAUGCUCUGUCGGCGAGCAGGCUAUGGAAGGUCCAGCUGUACUGCCCGGUCGUGGCCAUGACCAUGGAGCACCACCCGUCCCAUCACCACCACCACCAGCAGCAGCACCAGCUGGUCAAAGACGAGAGACUGCUCUUCUCGCUCAACUACCAGCAGCUCGAGAGCGUCAUCCAGUUCACGUACAGAGUCGCGUUCCAGGAGAACUGGAUCGACGUCGCCGUCAACGUCGACAACAUACGGUGUGACGUGAUACAGCUGGUGUCCGAGACUCUCAUGGCGAGGCAAGGCCACGGCUCCGACGAGAAGCACUUCCCGUCGCGCAUAUCGCUGCAGCUCACCCCCCUGGCGCAGUCGGACAUCCUCUCGCUGUCCGUGAGCAGGUCCACGGACAACCCCGUCCAGGAGGUCGGCACCGACAAGGGCAUCGACACGACGCUCGCCGCCGCUCCGGCGUCGAUAGGCAUCAGCGUGUCGGCGCACGAGACGGUGACCAGGACCAUGAAGCCCUGGAAGUUCGAGCACUCGGUGCACGGCAACACGGCGUCACUGAGCUGGUUCCUCCACGGCAGCGGCGGCGGGGGCAGGGAGGUCUUCUCCAGCGAGCCGCCCAAGCUGGAGCUCUUCCAGCCGAGGUCCUGGUUCAGGAACCGGUACACCAGCCCCACCAGGCCCUUCACCAGGAGCGGCGGAGUCAUCUUUGCCGGCGACGAGUACGGGGAGGGCGUGUGCUGGAGGAUGGGCGCGGCCGCAGCCGGCAAGACCAUGGAGUGGGAGAUCAAGGGUAGGAUAUGGGUCACCUACUGGCCAAACAAGAAGAGGACGCUGCAUACGGAGACCAGGAGGCUGGAGUUCAGAGAGCUGCUGCACCUCACCAUUGGAGAGUAGUAGAAAUAAUAAAACUAUGGAGAUCUCGUACUGAUAAAAUGGUCGCCGUCAGGAAUAUUUACUGAUCAUAUGCAAACAAUAAAUAAAUAGGGAGUAUGUUUUUUUCACUAUCAUGGUGAUAAUAUGCUAGCACUCGACUGAGAAGUGAAAAGUAAAGCAGUAAAGGACCAGGGACUCACAUUGUGA